UGACAGCUCGCGUUUGACGUUUAGCUGAUGACGGCAGUGUUUUUGUAAAUAUUGCAUCGUACACAAAAUUCACGGAUUUGCAGGCCAAUUUUUCGGCCACAAUCACAUUACAAUCGUACCGUAUGAUUGAUAAAAGGCUGAAUGUGACUAUAAAGUGUGAUUAUUAUCAACUUCUGUUGCAUCACUCGCGCGAGAAUCCUCGGAAUACAGCAGUGUGACUAAACAGACGGUUCAAUACUACUCCUGACGAUACGACGACGACGACGAAGACGGCAGCAAGGUGGCGAAUUUCACCGGAUCGGGCACAACGGGUGGAAAGAUGCGACGAACGCAAGGCGGCUACAGCUACCAACCGCUGCCUCAGCAAGCCCCGGGACCCAGCAAUGCCAGCCACGAUGCACUGGAGGAAGAAAACGAGCGUAUGGCGGAAGAGCUGAAAGGGAAAAUCGGUGCCCUUAAGUCGCUUACGAUCGACAUCGGGAACGAGGUGCGAUACCAAGACCGAUUGCUGCGCGGCAUCGACGAGGACAUGGACCGGACGGGAGGUUUCAUGUCGAACACGAUAAAUCGGGUCGUCCGGUUGGGUAAGGGCGGCCACCGGAACUAUAUGUGCUACAUGUUUCUCUUUGUGAUGGUGGUGUUUUUUGCACUAUACCUAAUACUGAAAUUCCGAUAAUAGUGAAUGUUGCGUCCGUCGCGGGUGUAAACUGCUUCCCGUCUACCAACGAUACGAAUGUUUGUUAUACUAAAGUUAUUAUGAAUACAUCUCUAUGCUUUACUGUAAGACGAAAC